UCGAGUCAAGGGCAAUUUUUCUGUUUACAAAAAAAGGAAUAGGAUUUGAUUUAUUUAAAUAUGGAAAAUAAAAAUGUAAAUAAUCAGCAAAAUGCUGCAGCUUCACCUAGUCUAAGUCAGUAUUUUGUUAAUGACCCGCCAAGCUUCUUUGAUGAACUGCUGUCAAAUAAGGGACAAACUAUGGAAACGGGUACAGCCACAACACAAAAACAGAAUACUCCAAAGCUUAACAGUACAAUAAAUCCUCAACAAAACCAGACUACAACAACUCAAGUUCCUGUAGUGCAUCCUGCAAAUGCCACAACUGGCAAUGCAGUAAAUUUAACCUCGAACAAUUUCACUGGAGGUUUCAAAACUCCGGAGUAUAUAGAAAAUCAAGCAGAGUUAGAAGAAGACUUAAAAAUGCCCGAUGAUGUGAGAAAUUUCUGGGAAUCACCAGCUAGCCAAAGUGGUGGUCAACCGCUGCUUUUAACCACACCGGGAAUACAAACUGCCACAGAUUUGCCGGAUUUAAUAGCCUUGGCAGUUUCUAAGCAUCUGGGUGAGGCUGAAAUGGCAAACCGUAAAAUACCCGGAGCAGAUAACGUUACCCAAGAUGAAAGAGGCUUAAGAUCUCUUAUAGCAUCUGGCUGCUAUAGAUCGGCCAUCAAUUUAACUGGGCGUUUAUUAACUAUUUAUGGGCAAGGAUAUGGGCGCGCUGGCCAGCCUGCCAAGCAUUCACCACAUUCUUUGCAACUGUGGUUUACACGUCUGGCUUUGUUGGCUAAACUGGGGGAAUAUGAGCUGCUGCAGAAAGAGGCAGAACCUUUUGAUCGACUAAAUCGACCAGAUGUAUUCUUUGAGUUCUAUCCGGAAAUGUAUGCUGGCAAAACGGGCUCCAUAGCUUGCUUUUCCUUUCGUCUGUUAUUGGCCGAAAUGCCUAUCUAUUUGGGCAAUCCUCAGUUGGCUUUAGAUCGUUUGUCGGAGCUUUAUGUCAUUGCAAAUGAUAUCAAACUUUAUUUUGCCUCCAAACAAUCAAAAGAAGCUCAGGAAUUUUGGAAGAAAAGGGAACUAAGAGUUCUGCACGCCAUUGUUAAUUGUGCUAUCAUAUUAAAAAAAUACAAUCUUAUUGAUGACAUUUUGCGCACCAUGAUAGCCGAUGGCACGGAUUUGGAUAAAGAGGAACGACGUGCUCUAUUUUCGGCUUGGGGCAGAAUAUACUUGCAGAUAGGUGAUAUUUUUGGUGCCGAGCAGAAGUUUGCCGAAGCUCGAAGAUUAAGAAAGAUCUAUUCCCAACCUGAUAUACGUGAUUUGGUGGACAAGGGCCUUAUUACUGUGGCCCAAAAUGAUUUUCCCGAAGCCUAUGCCACAUUCCAAAAGGCUUUACAUUUAGAAUCGGGCAAUACAAUGAUUCUUAACAAUAUGGGUGUGUGUCUUUUGUAUGCAGGAAAGCUAAAAGAAGCCAUUACACUUUUCGAAAGGGCCAUUAAUUUGAAUCCUCAAAAGUCCCUCAAUGAGAGUUUGCUGGUUAAUCUCUCUACCCUCUACGAGUUGGAGUCGAAUAAUUCUAAAAACAAAAAACUCAACCUCCUACGCCUAAUUAAUCGUUACAAACCUGAUUUGAAUAUAAGUUUAGAGAUUUGUUUAAAGUUACAGACACCAAAUUAAAUAGCCACCUCUGGAUGAUUUGAUUGGAUUUUUGCUUAAGAAAUGAUUGGAAGCAGAAAAAAGACAUUUAUUAUAAUAGCAAAGUAUUUGUGGCAUGUGUAUGUAUGUAUGUAUCCCUCCAUUGUAUAACAAUUUUUAAUUUAUCAUUAUUUAUUAGAGAUAUUUACGUUCACGAUAUUUCAAUAAAUAUCAAUAUUUCUAUUGAAUAGAAAGAAUAAGGAAGGAGUUUAAGAGGAAUGCUGACUCUUGAUAAAUAGUAAUCAUGAUCUAGUCAACCUA